AUGACAGGCAACCAUGUUGAUCGUGCUAUGAAUCAAAAUUUCUUCAAGCAUAUUCGAAACUAUGAUGCCUGUUUAUCUUUUGCUUCAUUCACAGCAAGAAUAGCUCAUCCGUCUGAUCAUGGGCCACCCUGUUUUAGGAUUUGCGUACAAAUUGUGCAUCGUGUUGGUAAUCUGAGACCUGAUCAAAAUGUUCUGCCUGCAUAUUGUCAGUUAUAUGUUUAUGAUCCUAAUACUGCUUUAAAUUUUCGAAUGGAGCAAAAUGAUUGUUGCAUACGUGAGUUGAUGGAAUUUUUGCAGACUAUAAUUAGUCAAGAGAACCCAUUUGCUCUUGCAUUUAAAAACAUGGCUGAAAUUGAAGAUGAAGAAGUACGUCAAGCAGCUUUAGAAGGUCGACCAACUUCGAUUGUUAAAAUGUCAUUGCUUGAAGGUGGUGAUAGACGUCGAUACAAUCUUCCUUCACAUGAGGAAGUUGCCAUUGUUUUUGUUGGGGAUGAUGGUGCUCCACCUCCAUCUAGGGAAGUAGUUAUAUACCCUCGAGGUCAGGCCUUAAAAACAAUUUCAAGUAUGUCUGCAAAUCUAGAUCCAAUGAUAUAUCCAAUAUUUUUUCCAAGAGGUGAUGCUGGAUGGCAUGAGCAACUAGAGCAUCAUCCUGACCGAGCUACACGUGUUAGAAAUCGGUAUGCUGUUGAUGCAUAUGUCAAGAUUAAAGGUCAGCGCCUUGCUUUUAUUAGAAAUAACCAAAACAGACUUAGAAGUGAACAAUAUGAUACAUUAUAUGAACAUGUAAAUAACGCUGCAAAUAACCUUAAUGUAAAACCAGGUCGUGUUGUUAUACUACCAUCCUCAUAUGUUGGAAGUCCAAGGGCUUUAAAAGGAAAUUUUGAAGAUGCAAUGGCAAUUAUAAAGAGAUAUGGCAAACCAGAUUUUUUUAUUAUUUUUACCUGCAAUCCAAAAUGGAAAGAAAUUACAGAAAAUUUAAAUCCAGGUGAGAGCACAUCUGACAGACCUGAUUUAGUUUGUCGUGUAUUUAAGAUGAAACUUAAAUGCUUCCUAGAUGAUAUUUUUAAACACGGAGUCUUAGGUAAAGUUAUAAGUCAUGUACAGGUUAUUGAGUUUCAAAAACGUGGUUUGCCACAUGUACAUAUUUUAUUGCACUUUGUAAAUGAUGAUAAGCUAGACACAGCAGAGGAUAUUGAUAGUUUAAUAUCAGCUGAAAUUCCAGAUCAAACUGUUGAUCCUAAACUUUUUAAAAUUAUAAAAACAUGUAUGAUUCACGGACCAUGUGGAAUUUUGAAUCCCAAUUCUUCUUGCAUGAAAGAUGGGAUUUGCACAAAAAAGUUUCCUAAAGAAUUAAAUCCUCACACUGUUGCAACUUUCAAUGGCUAUCCUCACUACAGGCGUUUAGAUAAUGGUAGAGUAGUCGUUAUAAAAGGUAACCAAGUUGAUAAUCGAUGGGGGCAUGAUUGUGCUCAUGUGUUAAUUAAUGAAAGUCUUGAACAUGAUGAAAUUAACACAUAUUUAGAUUGUCGCUUUGUUUCUGCACCAGAGGCUCUUUGGCGAAUAUUUGAGUAUUCCAUAAGUGAUAUGUCACAUACUAUUAUCCGCCUUCAAGUCCACCUUCCUGAUAAUCAGAGGGUAUAUUUUAACGAAGGAGAAGAACGAGUAGCUAUAGAUCGUGCUGCACAGCGUGACACUCACCUAACCGCUUGGUUUAAAUUAAAUGCUGAGAUAAAUGAAGCACGUCAGUAUUCUCAUGUUGAAAUUCCGUAUCACUUUGUUUUUGAUGGUAAAAAUUGCAAGUGGAAAGUAAGACAAAGAGGCAGUGAUAAGGUGAUUGUGCGAAUGUAUAAAGUCAAUCUAACCAGUGAAGUAUUUUUUCUUAGAUUGUUGCUUUUGCAUGUAAAAGGUGCAAUGUCUUUUGAGGAUUUGCGUACUAUUCAUGGCACUGUUUUUAAAACAUUUCGUGAAGCAUGUUAUCGAUUAGGUCUAUUGCAAGAUGACAUUGAAUGGAGAAAUACAUUAACUGAAGCUGUAGCAACUCGAAUGCCUAAACAAAUUAGGCAACUGCUCCAUCAUAUUGACUUUAUAUGA